UGUAUAUGUGUAUAGGUAUGUAGUUUGAUUCAUAAAAAUGUUCAUUCCAUUCUCUGUCUAGGAGAGUUUCUGCUCUCGUCGUGAUGAGUUUUUAUGCUCGGUUUAUUCCGCAAGUGGACAGACAGACGUGAAGAAAACUUAAGUGCCUUGCAAAUCCGAUACGCUGGAUUUAAAUGAGAAAUCUACAUUCCGCCUGAUACUUCAGUACGUUCGGAUAAGCGUUUGAGUUUAAAGUGAUGAGUUCGAAUAGGGGCACAGAUGAAACUGACCGCAGUGCGGUGACUAAUGGUGACCAACAGCAAAACAAUGCCGCAAUACCAUCGAUGGAAUCCGAAAAUAAGCCAGCCUCCAUUCAAGAGACUUCACUGUCUGUGACGAACAACUUAAGCGGGACAGCAGAUAAGGAAACACCUAAAACAACCAAUUGGGUUAAGUUUGAAGAUGAAGAUAAUGGCGGUAAAAAGAGUCCCAAUCCAUUGGCACCACCCCGAACCUCUAAAUCAACAGGUCCUGUGGCACCGACGCCGUCGCAGAAAGACAUAACACCUGCGGUACUGACGACAGAGACUGUUCACGUCAAUGUAGAUUCAAGGUUACCGAGCAUACCAAAACAAGGCAGUCAAGCUAAUAAUGCUGGCGCUUUGUCCCAAUCAUCUAUCUCAGCAGGCAACGUUAACAAGACAUCACAACCUGCGGUGAUCGACAUUCCAAAGCAAUCCGUCAAUGUUGUUCAACCGAUUCAGUCAAUGCGCACAAUUGAACUUUCAACCGGUCGUGUUCGUGAGGGCUUUGCAAACGGUGAUGUGAUUGUUACACUAUUGCCAACAAAUACACGUUGGCCCUGGAUAACUCCUGCUGUAUUCCGCCCAGAACUUGUUCCAGAAGAAUUAAUGGCACAAGGAUUAACGCUAACCGUUGAAGAGUAUGUUCACGCCAUGGAAACUCUUGUUAAUGACUACCGAUUCACCAUGUAUAACAUAUGCUACAAACGCGUAUUGGUCGUGUGGAUUCUGUUUGCGUUCGUAGUGCUAUUAGGUCUGCUGUUUUCAGGCCUAUAUGGAAUCACGCUAUUUUCGCUUGGCGUUGGUUGGCUUUUCCUUAACGCAGCAGCGAUCUUCUUAUGCAUGUGGGUGAAGUUGCGGCUUGCCCGUGGACUCGAACGCUGCAUGGCUCGCGUAAAUAAGCAGUUGAUACGUCAUAAAAUCUUGCUGGCGUUAGAUGACCGAGGGCACAUUUCGUGUCACAAGGUAAAUCUUUGCUUCAUGUACUUUGAACCAUCGCAAUGCAUUAGCUACUUGAAUGAGUUUAUCGAACGAAGUGAACAAAAUGGGAACACUAUUGAGCCUGGUUGGGAGAGUCGGCUGGAUGUCACUACCAAUGAUAUUGUCAUUCAAGGAGCCAACACUACUCGACUAUCAAGAAAGCAGGGUAGAGCAGAAGAAAUUUUCCUACGCUAUCUACAGCGUUGGGGUAAGGAUUACCUCCGGAGGCGACUGGACUGGACCAUUGAAGAAAAUGGAAUCGUUUCCUCACCAAGGCAUAUUCCUACUGCAUAUUGCCCUUGCCAGUACGCAGAGGAAGUUCUUUUGCAUAAAAAACCAAAAGAUGACCCACGAGUUUGUUGUGCAUCACUUCGGCAGCGAAUACAAAGAUUAGGAUUUCAAAUCUGAUCAUUACUACAAAAGAAAUAACAGUCAAUAAGCGCCAAACAGAUCGAACGUUAAAAGUGAUAAACUAGAGUGAAGCAUACUGUAUCAUUAGAAAACUCUACUAACAAUUAGUACAAAAGUGUUAACAUAUUGUGCCUCUGACGAAUAUUUUAGUACUUUAAGAAUAUCGGAAUUUGGUGGCGGGUGACACAUAUGUGUAUAUCACAAGAUAACUGACCAAAAUCUACUUAAAGUAGAAUUACCUUAAUUUAUCAUCACAAAAUUUACAUACUGAAACCCUCAAUAAAUAAAUGAUUUUACGGAAAAAAGACAUUAACGUGCUUUGUUACAGGAACGAGGACUGCUUCUGUUGCUGCGAUACGCCUCUAGAUGGGGUAAUGAAUCGAUGCGUGGAUUGCUUGAUGUGUCCUCUGUUGAACCCGCUCGCCACUGUCGCCAGUUUCAGUGUCCUUGUCAGUAUAUUGAA